ACGGGGAGUCCAAGACGGGAUUCCUUAUCUUCCUUGUUCUCUCCUCUUAUCCUAUCCUUAUCCCCCCUCUUCUUCCUUGCUACUUUCGUUCGACUCAUCAUGGCUAUUCAUCCCCGUUUGCAUCCAGAGGGUGCCGCACACCUCUCCCCCCAACAAGCCCGCGCCAUCUCUGCAUGGACCGAGCAGCAUGCAGCUGCCUCCCUGCAGGAUAUGACCCUAUCGGACUCUGCGCCGCCAUCCUCGCCCACUCCCACGCGUUCGGGUCUGCGCGCCACCGCCGGAUCGCUGUCAAUUCCACUCGAGGAUGAACUCCCUAAGCCCAUCGAGCCUCGCCCGACCGUCAGUUUCCGGCGCCGAACGCCACUGCGCGAAUCCAAGACCCGCGAGACGCUGUUGAAAGGCAAAGACGGGAGCCGGAGGAGACAGCGCUGGGAGAAUGAUCGCCUGUUGCACAAUCCGUGGGCGGAGCCACCUUCUUCGCAGGACUGGGACGUCACUCCUACCCACACACGUCAUAACCCCAUGCCGUACUAUCUGGCCCCGUUGUGGGAUGUGCAUUACUCCCAUGUCAAGGAUCAGCAGUCGUCAAUAAAGGCCGCCGAGCGGGCCACCGAGAAGCAUCAGGUUCCCAAAGAAUUACGGUCAAAGUUGAAGCAUGCGCGCGCUGCACGGGGGAUGCUGCAGGAUCUCGAAGAGGAAGUCCGGACUUUCAUCCGGAAGUGGAACGAGAAGGAGCUCCUACUGGAGAAGGAGGGCUUACAGGAUGCACCUGAGUAUUCGGCUAGCGAUGAUUCGGAAGAUGAGAUCGUUUUUGUGGGUCGCAAUGGGCAGAUGCAUGAUGCUCCCGAGCGGAAGGAGAGACUCCGCUUGCUUCGUGAGGAGAUCAGCUCGCAUAGUGAGCGAGACGGUGAGAAGAUGGUGCUCGAGACGAUGAACGAUGAUCGCGCCGCUGGGUUUGGUCGUUGGUUGGUCCACUCCAUCGCUUCUUACUACGGGUUGCAUACCUGGUCGGUCACCGUUGAUGACCGACGAGAAGCUUAUGUUGGCUUCCGGCCCCCUGUAGCCGGUAGCCGAGCCGGCCUCGUUUCCCACUCCGUUUGUCAGACUGAGGCAUCGAUCAAGCCUGGCGAGGACCUCCCUCUGCCUCUCUAUACGCAAGUCUAG